AAGCACUCCCUGUAGGUGUGGUUGCUGAAGCACAGGGCUAGAAGCAGCUUUGCACAGUCUGAAAGGGGGGUGGGGGGGGCACUCGACCGGCAGAGAUCUCAUAGACCACCAAGGCUUGUCAUUUCUUCCCUGGCUCUGAGAUGAGAGUUGGUUGCAGGCUGUCCUAUCAGCUUUUUGAUACAGCUCUCAGGGAUGGACUCAGGGCCUGGAAAAGAAUCUUCUGGAGAAUAAUCCUACUUGCACUUGGCCUCUUAGGCCUCCUCCUGUAUGGACUCCCUACAGUCAGGUAUCUGGAAGUCCUUAUCCCCAUGGGUGUCUGCCCUGAGGCCACAAUGUCCCUGCUGAGAGACAACUUCACAGGGGUCCUGCGUCCCUGGGCCCGGCCUGAAGUCCUGACGUGCACCUCCUGGGAGGCUCCCAUUAUUUGGGAUGGCACCUUUGACCCACAAGUGGCCCAGCAAAAGGCUGAACAGCAGAACCUCACCAUUGGGCUGACUGUCUUUGCUGUAGGCAGGUACCUGGAGAAGUACCUGGCGCGCUUCCUGGAGACAGCCGAGCAGCACUUCAUGGUGGGCCAGCGCGUGGUGUACUACGUGUUCACCGAGCGGCCGGAUGCGGUGCCCGGCAUAGCGCUGGGCCCGGGCCGCCGGCUGCGCGUGCAGCGCGUGAAGCGCGAGUCGCGCUGGCAGGACGUGUCGAUGGCGCGCAUGCGCACGCUGCACGCGGCGCUGGGCGGGCGGCUGGGCCGCGAGGCGAGCUUCGUGUUCUGCAUGGACGUGGACCAGCACUUUCGCGGCUCUUUCGGGCCUGAGGCGCUGGCCGAGUCAGUGGCACAGCUACACGCCUGGCACUACCGCUGGCCGCUCUGGCUGCUGCCCUUCGAGCGCGAUGAGCGCUCCGCCGCCGCGCUGGCGCCGGGCGAGGGCGACUUCUAUUACCACGCGGCCGUGUUCGGGGGCAGCGUGACGGCGCUGCGGCGGCUGACGGCGCACUGCGCGCUGGGCCUGGGGCAGGACCGCGCGCGCGGCCUGGAGGCGCGCUGGCACGACGAGAGCCACCUGAACAAGUUCUUCUGGCUGCACAAGCCCACCAAGGUGCUGUCGCCCGAGUACUGCUGGAGCCCGGAAAUCGGCCCGCGGACAGAGAUCCGCCGCCCACGCCUGCUCUGGGCACCCAAGGAAUACCUGCUGCUGCGGGACUAGCCCGGGGAGCCGUGCCUCAGCUGGCGCCUGGCCCUUCCCUUCUCCCUGGGGCCCCACCGCACCUGCUGGGGCACCUUGGGCACCGCUAGCGUGUGGAAGGAGAGAUCCUGAACCCAUCUGGGUCCCUUCUCGAAGCGGCACUUCGAAGGAGAGAGAGAUACUGAGUGGAAAAAAGCCCUCCGCCCACUCUAGUGUGAGGGUUCGUGUGUUGCUGUCCACCAGCCUAGUCAACGACACAGAGAUAUCACUGCAGAUGGAAUGAUUAAUUAAGGGAAGACUGAGGCUCGGUCAGGCCUACAGCGAUUGUUCAUCUUUAUUCACUGUAUUAUGUAUCCAAACUCAUCAGAUAAAAAUAAGCAAGAAUAAAGAACAAAAGCAUUAAUUGAGACUGCUAUUAAAAAGUUCUUUUCAGCAUAAAUGUUGCAAAGCACAUACACGUCAUUUCUAGGUCUGGAGCAUAUAACUUGAAGAUAAACUACAAGGACACCAAGUUGUCUGUUUCUGUUUGCCCACCUCCCUAACAGGUUAAAUGAAACUUUUGUGUAAUUUGAAGUUAGGGAAUGAAGAGUAACAGUUCAGCUGCAGACAGGUGCUAAAUCUCCAGCUACGACUUGGCGGGGACCUCAGGAAUUCAUAUCUCAAGGCCUUUUCAGUUAGCAGGGAAGAAUUUACGCCGGCUCUCUGCUGCUUUAAGCAAGCAGGGAGGAAUUAACCCCCAGCCGAGAAUGGAAUUGUCCCCUCUUAGAUUCUUCUACCACAAGGAGCAUAUAUGAGACAAAGCCACCUUUCUGGGGUGCUGAGAACUGUGCCCCUUCAUUCGCUGGACGAGGAGGCCCAAGCCUUGGGGAGCCUCUCACUUGAAGAGAAAAAUCCCCUUCCCUCACGUCCAACAGUGGCUAAAGCCCAGCAGCUGUAGCGCCUCCUGCAGCCCAAGCAGUCUGUAGGCCUUUCACCUCUGACCUUGUGGAAUUCAGCUGACACCUCUUGGAGAGAUGCUUUAGCCUUGCCCGCCCCUCUAGUUUUUGUUUUUUAUUUGUUUGUUUGUUUGGCGUUUUUUCUUUUUCUUUUUUUAUUUUACAGUUUUUGGCUGGGGCGGGGUUUGAACCCGCCACCUCCAGUAUAUGGGGCCAUUGCCCUACUCCUUUGAGCCACAGGCCACAUUUUCUUUCUUUCUUUUUUUUUUUUUAAUAAAGAGACUGAGGCAUAAAGAGUCCGGGUAGGUAAAAAGGUAACUGCUGGAGGACACAAAGGAGGUAACCGCGUGGCUAUGAUGUCAACAGCUGGAGAGCCAGCACGGGCUGCUCUGGGCAUGAGCCGCAGGGAGAAACACAAGUGGCCUUUGAUCCGCGGCUCUGCCUGUUUAUCUCUGCUGCCAGUAAGCAUGUUUUAUACUUACUUGAGUCACAUUAGAAUGGGUAAAUUACUCCUGUGAGACAAAGUAGCAAACCUCAGAAGCCACGGACUGCUCAUUUCUCGUGCCAGCAGCAUUUCACAAGGCCCUGCCUGACUCAGUGACCUGGAGACAGCAGAGCAGCACUCCAUGGUGGGCCAGCGUCUGGUGUACUACGUGUUCACCGAGCGGCCAGCAGCUCUUCAGAAAGAUGCUUCGAACCCAAAACAGGUUAGAGUGCAGUUCGUCCUUGCCUUUUCCUGCACAUACGUCUGAGAGAGUAAUGAUGCUUCUAUAAAUACAUCCGAACUUAGAUGUAAUGUUACACAUACUCAGUUUUCACCACCUAGAUAGAAACUGAGCACUGCAUUGGAACCAUCAGAUAGAACAUCUCUAAAGGCUGCUCCAGUGCCUAUAGUUCUCAGGAAGACUUGCAAAUAAAACUAACUUAAAUUCUUUAAAAGAUUUUUUUUUCUUUAAUUGACAAUCAUGGCAACCACAAAGGGAUCCAGAGCAGACUGUCAGCUCGUUGGUGCUAGCAUGGGCCCUUUGAGCUCCUCUGGCUCCCCAGUGGUUCCUGACCACUGGGUGAGUUCUCCUGAGUCUCAGACCUCCCCAAUUGGUUGACUGUGGGUUUUUUAAUCACCUAGCUGUUCUCACUCCUUGAGGAAAGGAGAAGUCCUUCUUUGGGAUUUUUGUUUCUAAAGAAGGGGCAUUCUCCCAGUUGAAAGAAGCUAGGAAGGAAUGGAUAUGUGAGACUGUUGGACUAGGUUAUGCCAGUGCUUUCUCUUUCAAUUUGUCUCCAUAAACAAUGCUCUCACAAUUGGAAGUAAGUCAUUCAAAACUAAACGACAGGAACACCAGACAACUAAUCUUCAGUCGGUACUCUGGCAGGCUGCAUGUACAACGCAUAUGCUUGCAAGUACUUUCCCUAAAUGGGAGUUUACUAAAGGAGAUUUAACAUUAAAAAUGGCCAAAAAUGGGGCCAGGCACAGUGGCUCAUUCCCGUAAUACAAGUAUUCUUGAAGGCUGAGGCGGGAGAUUAGCCUGAGUGCAGGAGUUCGGGACCAGGCUGAGCAAGAGCUAGACCCCAACUCUACUAAAAAUAGAAAAACUAGCCUCACGUGGCUAGCACUUGUAGCCCCAGCUACUCAGGAGGGUGAGGCAAGAAGAUACCAGAGCCCAAGAAUUCGAGGUUGCUGUGAGCUAUAUAAUACCCUACCAAGGGUGACAGAGUGAGACUUUGUUUCUAAAUAAAUAAAUAAAUGGCCAAAAAUGGGAUUUACAAACAUUAAGGCAUGCCAGAUUUUUUAGGCCUUCAGCCAAGUACAUAUUAUGGUCCAUUCUCAUACACAUUUUUAAAUGGUAGACAAAUUACAUCAAGAAAUAUUCAAAACUCAGGCUGGAAAUAGUGGCUUAUGUUUAUAAUCCUAGCACUCUGGGAGGCCCAGGCAGGUGGAUUGCCUGAGCUCAGGAAUUCGAGACCAAUCUGAGGAAGAGCAAGACUCCAUCUCUACUAAACACAGAAAAACUAGCCGGGUGUUAUUGGAGGCACCAGUAGUCUCAGCUACUCCGGAGGUUAAGGCAAAAGGUUCGCUUGAGCACCGGAGCUGGAGGCUGCUGUGAGCUACAACACCGUAGCACUCUACCCAGUGAGAUUCUGUCUCAAGAAAAAAAAAGGAAAAGAAAUAUUCAAAACUCAAAUGGUCAUUAUUUUAAAAAAUUUACAAUACAGAGUUAACACAUAGAAUCUUUUUAACUUCUCCAUCUCCCUGUUUAAUUUUCCUUCCUACUUUAAAUCUGCAGACUUUUCUGCUGGUGUUAAAACUGACUGCUUAUGGUAUUGCCAAUUCAAGGCCACUUAGACAUUUUAUUUUUCUUAUACAAUUCAGCCAGUUGUAACUAAAAGGUAAACACUAAAGAUUUAACCCUACACUCACUUAAAACUGUAGGAGAAAAAAAAAAAUCAGAAGAGGUUUUAAAAGCAAAUCAAUCAUUAAAACUAUUUUACCAAAAAUUUUGGUCCAUAACAUUCAUUAGAUUACCUAUUAGGACAAAUAAAAUUUAGUCGUAUAUAAACAGGUCCCAAUUUUGUCAAAAACCAUUUGGACUCAACCAUCUUUUUAUAAACCAAUGGAAUGUAUA